ACUUUGUGUUUGUUUGGAGUAUUGAUUUCAUGUUUGUUUGGAGUAUUGAUUUCAUGUUUGUUUGGAAUAUUGAUUUCAUGUUUGUUUGGAGUAUUAUUUCAUGUUUGUUUGGAGUAUUGAUUUCAUGUUUGUUUGGAGUAUUAUUUCAUGUUUGUUUGGAGUAUUAUUUCAUGUUUGUUUGGAGUAUUGAUUUCAUGUUUGUUUGGAGUAUUGAUUUCAUGUUUGUUUGGAGUAUUGAUUUCAUGUUUGUUUGGAGUAUUGAUUUCAUGUUUGUUUGGAGUAUUGAUUUCAUGUAUUAUUAUUUCAUGUUUGUUUGGAGUAUUGAUUUCAUGUUUGUUUGGAGUAUUGAUUUCAUGUUUGUUUGGAGUAUUGAUUUCAUGUUUGUUUGGAGUAUUGAUUUCAUGUUUGUUUGGAGUAUCAUUUCAUGUUUGUUUGGAUAUUAUUUCAUGUUUGUUUGGAGUAUUGAUGUCAUGUUUGUUUGGAGUAUUGAUUUCAUGUUUGUUUGGAGUAUUGAUUUCAUGUUUGUUUGGAGUAUUGAUUUUAUGUUUGUUUGGAGUAUUGAUUUUAUGUUUGUUUGGAGUAUUGAUUUCAUGUUUGUUUGGAGUAUUGAUUUCAUGUUUGUUUGGAGUAUUGAUUUCAGGUUUGUUUGGAGUAUUGAUUUCAUGUUUGUUAACAUUUUUUUUUCUGAAUCAUUGAGGCCAUCAAAUAGACAAACAGCUUAG